AUCUUUUUAAUGAUAACAAGAAGCUUUUAAAGAAUUUUGCAGUGAACCUCCCAUCACUCGGCGUCACUGUGCCGCUUCCGUCCGCCGCGAACCACCGUGCCCAUCGCCUCUUUCUUACCGGCGCCAUUCCCGAUGCCUUCUUCCGGUGCGGCGGUUGAUCCAUCUAUCAAGAGUUCAUCAUCGAUACCUAAUCCAGAGGUUGAAGAGGAUGAAGACGAGGAAUACGAAGAAAUUGAGGUUGAAGAGGAGAUUGAAGUUGAAGAAGAAAUAGAGGUAGAAGAAGAAGAGGAAGAAGAAAUGGAGGUAGAAGAAGAGGUAAAGGAAGAGGGGGAGGAGGAGGAGGAGGAGGAGGAGGAGGAGGAAGAAGUAGGAGGUGAAGGAUCAAUUUCACCGAAUGUAGAUGAUCAAAAAGAAGAGGUAGAGGAGGAGGAGGAGGAAGAGGAGGAGGAGGAGGAGGAGGAGGAAGAAGAAGAAGAAGAAGAAGAAGAAGAAGAAGUGGAGGAGGAGGAGGAAAAGGAAGAGGAAGAAGAAGUACAAGGUGAAGGAUCAAUUCCAAUGAAUGUAGAUGAUAAAAAAGAAGAGGUAGAAGAGGAGGAGGAGGAGGAGGAAGAAGAAGAAAUACAAGGUGAAGAAGAAAAAGGUCAAGGAUCAAGUCUACUCAAUGUAGAUGAUCAAAAAGAUGGUAUCCAAGUUCUGGAACCUUUGGCGCUUGAACACCUGUUAAGAUCAGACUUUUCUUCUCAACAAGAACUUGUAGCAAAUUUACCACAGCAUACCCCUUUGAUUGAAGGUGCUAAUGAGAGUUGCAGAAUUUCUGAUUCAGAUGGAACAAGAGAGAGGAUAGAUGGAAAAAGAACCCACAUAGAUUCUGAUGUUCAAGCUUCUGGAUUUGAGGAUGGUGAAACAAAUACAGAGAGAAUCCAGCGUUCUGGUCAAGAACUGGAUGCUGAAACAUUGACUGAUGUUUCUGGCAAGGUGGCUAUUGGUGUUCAGUUUACUGAUGGAGGUGAUCAAGAAGCUAUGGACGAUUUAAAGCAAACAUCACCAAGGUUGGAUGUUCUCAAGACAAGGCAAAGAAGUUCGUCCCCUGCUGCUGAUUCUAGGGGAGAAAGCAAAAGAUUAGCAAUGAGAUGUGAGUUUUUUGCCAGGGGUUGGUGCAUCAAAGGGAACUCUUGUAGAUUUCUUCACAUAAAGGAUCAUGUGACUAGCCAUGAUAAGGAUGGUGGUCUAGAUGAUACAAUGAUAAAAAGCAAACUUGCAGAUGACAAAGGUUUGGAAGAGAGUGGCAAAAGAUCAGUGCUGGAUGGUUCUUCUGAUUCAGUACAAUCAGCAGUUCAAUCUGGAGAAAAUCUGAAAUUGAGAGGCGACGAGGAAUUGCAUAUGCGUUCAGAUGGACCUUCAUCCACCCCAGACUUCAGAAGAGAGAGUCUUGGAUGUAAACCGUACUUGGCUGGUUAUAGCACCUCGUCUUCACCAUUACUCAAAGAUGGCUUCUUACAUAAGAAUAUCCUCCAUGAUGGAAAGCUUAACUCAGUCCUGUUGUCUGACAGUUACCAAAAUACAGUAGUUUCCCCUUACACCUCAGGUUUGGAUGAUAUGAAUCAUAAGAGGAACCGGUCUGUGUUUGAAAAACAUGGCUUGCGAGUCUUUAAUGACUCUGUAGAUAGGUUGUCUCAUCAUUGUUCUUCUUCGCGGAACAUAGAUGCCCUUGAUGAUCAGAAGCUUUUGGAUUGUAGCCAAGAGUAUUCUUCUUCUAGAUCCACCUCUUUGCAUCAUAAGUCUUCAGCAUUUCCUAGUUCCAAAACUGAACUUUCUCGGAUUGAUUUAUCAUGGGACACACGAUACUCAUCUGAUUAUAGAACUAUGGCGCUUUUUGACGAUUGGGAGCCAUCUGUUCCUUUUCGACCAUCAUUCUUGCUUAGUCAAAUGAUCGGAUGUCCUGAAAGUCUAUAUGAUCCUAUUCGUGAUAGUAUUGAUCAAAGUAAUGUAGGAGAUGGACCCUCAAAAUUGUCUUCCUCUGCAAAAGGAGGGCCUGUAGUAACCAAGCAUAUGCAGACAAAUGCUGAUCCAGUUUCAACAGGAACCUUGGGUCCAGAACAGAGCUCCAAUAAAGUUCCAAUUUCUGGUAAUAUCUACCAUAGGGAUAUAUUGCCUGACAACCUGUCCGAGAAAGAUAUGUCUACUAAUGAAACAGAUACAGCAGAUACAGCAGUUGCUCAUCAGGAAAUCAAUACCUCUUCAAAAGAAGAGAAGUAUUCAAGAUCUGCUAACCUCAGAGGUGCCACAAAAGCAGAUAAACAAUUAUCUACUGAACUACCGCGCACCAGGACCAGAAAAAAGACACAAUCAGAGUCUGAGAGGCUCAGACACGGAACUGAAAUUGAUAUUGACCGGAAGACAGACAGAUCUGUGAACAAAGAGUCUAGAGUUAUGAAGCAUUUUCAUGCUGCUCUUGUAGAAUUUGUUAAAGAACUAUUAAGGCCAACUUGGAGUGAAGGUCUCAUGAGUAAGGAUGCUUACAAGAUGAUAGUCAAGAAGACAAUUGAUAAAGUUGUCAACUCUUUGCACCCCAAUCAGAUUCCUGGUACGGCUGAAUCAAUCAGACAGUAUCUUGAUUUAUCUCAGCAAAAACUUGCUAAGCUCAUUGAGGCAUACGUGGAAAAAUAUGGAAAAUCGUGAUAACAUUAAAUGAGCUUUGGUCAGCAUAAGGGGUGCGUGGAUAUAUAUGGAAAAUCUUGAAUCUAUUAAAUCAGUUAUGCUAAGCAUAUUGCCAACAAUAGUGAAUUGGUAAAGCACAAUUUUGUGAGCCUAAUUUGAUACUUCUAGGGGUUAGAAUGAAGACUUCGAAACCAUUUAUUUUGUGUACGGAUUUUCUGUUUAGCUAGGAACUUUUCUGCUACCUUGUGUCCAUAACUGAAGUCAACUAUCGUACUGUAACUUCUCAUUGGGGUUAUAGCAAUGGCAGUUCCUAAAUAGGUUUUUGUGAUUCACGUUGUUAAGAGUAUUGAGUGUUGUUAGUUUAGAAUAUUAAAAUUGUUUAAGGUUUUAAGCUAAAUGUUGUCCGUGUCGUACAAAUAUUAUAUUUGUAUGUGUUUGGCACCUACAAAUAGGCGUCAUUUAUUGAUCAAAUUAUCAAGUCAUCAAUAUAUCUGCUCCUUUUCUCUCA